GAUCACAGAGGAGGAAGACAAGAGAGAAACAACAAUAGGCCACAAACGGAGACAACGCAAACACGCUGGUUGCUAGGUUACGCUGCUGUCACUUGCUGGAUAUCAAAAAGCAGGACGUACAAUAUAUAUAUUUUCAGCUAUAUUUGGGAUAAAAGUUAAAUAACUUUUGAGAUUUUUUGUGGUAGGCAUACCUGGUGUAAUUAAUUUCCGUUUCUAUGUCUGCUUAAACAGUAAGUGUAUAUAAAUUCAGAAUUUAAUCUCUUUGGAAAAGUGUCCAAAAUUGGCGGUAAACACUGGGCUUCCUGUGUGCAACUCCUCACCAACAAAGCUAGUUACCGAACUUUUUGUAUGUUUAUCUUAUGGUUGGUAGGUUAUUUGACUGUCUCUAGCCGGAUGUCAAAAAGUGGGACUUAGAAAACUGUAAUAUUUUUUUGUUUGUUCGAUUUUUGGUACCUAGUGGAAUUCAUUGUUGUUUCUAUGUCUGCUUAAACUGUAAGUUUAUAUAGCUUUACAGUUUGACCUCUUCGGAAGUGUGUCAAAAAUUGGUGGUCAACCCUGGGCUUUCUGUGUCAAACUCCUCACCAAUGCAACUUGCUACAAGCAUCAAAAUUUUCGGCCACAUUUGCCACCUGAACUCUAUAAUUUAACUUUACAACUGUGGAGACAAGAAAUUAAUUUCCACUCCAGGAAGAUGCUCAACUGUUGGACGCCCCUCUCGAACAAGUGGGAAACUCUCAACAAAAUCUGGUUAUCAGUGCACUGGAAGCAUAAGGUCACCAAGGCCCAUGUUAUUGACUGCAAUUUGGAUACCGCAAUAGAAGAUAUAAUAUCUUCUCCACAGAUUAUUGGUCUGCGAAUCUCUGGAUCUCUGCUCCUUGGAGCUGCUCAGAUCUUUUCCAGAAAAGCAAAAUAUCUCCUUACAGACUGCAGUCAUGCCUUGGAUAAGCUCAAACUGUCGUUCCGGCCAGACGCUCCAGAGGAGAAAAAUGAUUUGUCUUAUGAAGGCCUUGAGUCCACGUUAAAAGAAAUGCCUUUGAGCGAAGAUUUUUUUUUCUUGCCUCACUCAAGUGACUUCAACAUGCCUAUAGAAUGCUUCUCGCAACACCAAAGUCUUCCACAGGAAAUCACAAUGAAUGAAUAUUCAGAUAUGUCCCAGUGCCACAAGGUUGGUCACCUGGAUAUCAGCUUGGAGAUUCUGGGUCAACCACAGGACUCGUUUGGCGAUGAGGGCGCUGGAUUGGAUAGAUGUCUUGACUUUCUGAUAAACAGCAGCACUCAUCCGGACUUCACUAACAUCAGCCCAGUAGGAAUUCCAAAUGAGAUGCCCGAAAACUCUUCAAUCAACAACCAGGAUGAUAUUCCAUCUGGUUGUUCUUCAGAUGUAAACAGAAGAGAUCCUACAGAGGAAGAGUGCCUGAAUCAGUCCAGUCACGAGCAGCCAACUUUUGUCCUUCUGCCUGUGCCUGACACUUCAAGCGGGAAUAAGAGAAGGAGAAAGCGAAAGUUGAUCGUGGACCAAAUGACAAGUCUGAGUGACAAAGUCAUGCGGAAGCAGCUCAGCGACGACUCAGAUCUGCUUGCCGCCAUAAUGAUGGCUCCGCCCACUCGGCAGCUCAUGUGCUGGAAAGAAAACGGAACUGCAGUCAAGCUGCUGGCACGGCCGUGCUCUAAUGUUAUCCCGUCAGAGAUUGAGGAGGCUUUUCCAAAGGAUGUUAUCCGGGUGACGUAUGAGGAUGUGGCGGUCAUGCAACAAGAUGACCGUGAAGCUCACAGCAACAUGAGUCCACUCAGCAUAGAAAGCCUCAAGGAUUCCUCAACAGAACACAAGCUCACAGAUGUUCUUUAUUCCAGUGACAACCAAAGUGACUUGGAGAUCGCACUCGUAAGCCCAACUAUUUCUGUUGUGGCGCAUCAUACGCAUUUAUCAUAUAUACUGUGUGUCUGUCAGGAUGAACACAUAUUGGACCGGAGUUAUCCAGAGCUUCCAUCAGAGGACUCCAUGUUUGUCCAUCCGUCUCACAAGGAGGAGCACAGUCAGUCUUUGCUGGGUAGCCAAAACUUUGGGGAGCUGCAAACGAUCAACAAACGGGCACACAGGCUCCUGAAAUUCCUACAGUGUUGCAGUGACACCUCGUUCUGCCUGGGUGCACUCUGCUCAGGACACACCUGCUUGCAGAUGGCCAGAGCGUUCCAGUGUCUCCUUUUCCUGCAGAAGGAACGGGCCGUCAGUCUGCACCAGAGUGAACCAUACCAGGACAUCUUUUUCACCGCUGGUCCUGAAUUCUUCACGCUGGAAAAGAAGAAGCCAAACGGAGUGUAAGAAAGCAAGUUGCCAAUGGGGUUCAUGAACGGGUUGCAGUCUUGAUUCUGGAGGAAGACUGGUUAAAUAAUACAAUUGUAAGAAAACUAUUGUUCAUCUAUGCCUUCCAGAGGAACAAGCUUUUUGGUGGAUUUCAAGUGGAACACAAUUUUGGUUUAUUUUUUAUUGUAAGUCAUAUUAGGGGGAAAAGAGCACUUUCAUGUGAAUGACAAGAUUAACAACAGUUCUGUUGUUUGGCUGUUAAUAUUCGUUGAUAUUGUUGCUUCAAAAUGUU